CGUGACGACCCUAGCGCAAAUCAGAUCUAUGCUCAAUUUUUUGUUUGUUUGCAAACAAUUUGCAUUGCUGUCAACAUAACAGUACUUUAAACGUUAAAAAUCAAUUUAGUCGAAGCAUUUUUUAAGUUAUUCAAUUUCUUCGCAUUGCAGAUGCUUAGCGAGAUAAUACUAUAAUUCUAAACAAUAAUUCGGUGCAUCGCUCCGUGCUCUCAAUAUUCCCAAGUUCAAGUUCAAGAUGGUAUAUUUAGAGAAUGAAAAAACGCAUUUACCACAUAGCAGUUUAUAUGAUCGCGUCAAGAAGCUGCUGGUAUCUUUCGAAUGGAGUGAUUGUGGAUUUACUGUUCUUGGAAAAACUAUUAAAGCUCACAAAUUAAUAUUAGGAAUAAGCAGUCCAGUAUUUGAAGCUAUGUUUUAUGGCCCCAUGUCUAAAGACGAAAAUAUUGAGGUCACAGAUAUACAGCCUGAUAUAUUUCAACUUAUGGUAAAUUACAUUUAUACUGAUAAUGUAGAAAUAUCGAACAUUGAACAAGCAUUUGAAUUGUUAUAUGCAUCAAGAAAAUAUUUAUUGGAACAUUUAACAGAAAUAUGCAUUACCUACAUAAAGGCCAACUUAAGUGUUGACAAUGUCAUUGAAGUGUUAAAUUACCCAGACUAUAUGCAUGGCAAACAACUGAUCAGUUAUUCAUUGAAGCUAUUUGGUGUACAUGCAAGUUACUUGUUACAGGAAAAAAAGAAUCUUAUGACCCAUUUGUGUAUGAAGGCUAUACUUGAAACUGAUCACAUGAAUGUUAGUGAAAAAGAACUGAUCAAACAUGUUUUUGAAUGGUCUGCACAUUUAUGUGACCAGAACAGUUUACCAGCUACAUUAGAGAAUAGGUAUAAUUUAUUAAAAAAAUAUGGAAUUUUUAAACUGUUGAGAUUUUCUACAUUAAAUCUGGAUGAAUUAGAUGAAAUUAUUUGUGACAAAAAUAGCCUGCUCUCGCCACCUGAGACCGAAAGUAUCAGGAAACAAAUAAAAGAAUCAUGCAAUGUUAGCACCACAGAAAUUGUAACACCAGUGGGAUCAAGCAACAUCAUACCAAGAAAUUCAUUGACACUUCGAUGGCAUAGAUGUUUUCGUAGCCCUUUAAGGUCUAUGGCUCCCAUUAUAAUAGAUUCCAACAAUUAUGCCAUACAUUGCAGGUUAAAAGCAAGUAAAUCUGUAUUUAUAAAUUCUCUGUGUGUACCACCCAGGAUGGAGCCCAUAAUUUAUGUAUUUAAUAAGACAAAAGCAUAUUCCGAACAAUUAUCAGUAUCAAUCAUGUGUGAAUCUGACAACAGUAUUAUAAAAUAUACAAAUUUUAUGAACACAGUUGAAUACUAUGCUUCUGUCAUUGACAUAGAACUAAAGGAACCAUGUUUCAUUGAAAAAGAUAAAUGGUACAAAAUAAGUUUUGUGUGGCCUCAUAAUAGAUUACCAACAUACUCAUACUUUGUGGAAUUUAGAGACAAAUUUUUAAUGUUUUAUGGGGACAAUGUAAAAUUCGAAUUUGAUGACUUGCCCCUAAGUGCAGGAAAUGGUGGUAGCUUCUUGGCAGGAUUAAAAUUUUGUUUGUAAUACUUGUGCCAUAGAAUGCAAAACUUUUUUUUUAUAUAAAACAAUUUAUAUUCUUAUAUAAAUAUAUAAGGAUUUCAGUUGAAAUUUUUAUAAAAAUGUGUUGAAAAUGGAACAAAAAUCUAUAAUAUGUAAUGAAUGAUAAAAGUAUACUUAAUAUGAAUAAAAUUAAAAUAAAAAAAAGGUUUGGGUCUGUGAUUUUAAAUGACAAACUAUUUAAAAUGUUAAUGUUAUGAAUAUCAUGAUGAAAGUGGAAAAUGACCAGUAAAAAGUCUCCACACAUGGCUAUAAACUAAUAUGAACACUAACACCAUUUUAGUUGUUUAAGUUUAUGACGUAUUGUAAUUUAUUUCAGCAAUAAAUAAAUUAUUUAUUUGCCAAA